CCUAUAUUUGAUGUGGUAGCAAGUAAUACAACAUUAAAAUCGAUUAAUUUGGAAACAAAUUAUCUCAGUGGUGAUUUCUUUGCACGCUUAUUUAAAGCAGCUUUAAUAAAUCAAACACUUGAAGAAGUAAAAGCUGUUAAUCAGGGUGUUACCUUUGCUACCGCAGCCGAAAAAGAAAUUAUCGAUGCCGUAUUUGAAAAUAGAGGCCUAACAAAAGUAUCGAUAAAUCUUCGAUUACCGGAAGGUCGACAUAAAAUCGAAAACGCAAUGAUUCGAAAUCAGGAAAUUAGAAGAAUACUGAGACGACAAGCAGCAGCUGCCGCUCGAGAAGUUGAAGAAGCAAAGCAGAAGAGAAAUGAGGAAGAAAUUAGCAAACCGGUUACUGCUACUAAGCCAACAAUGCAAUCCAGAAAUGCUCAACCGAUGAAACCUGCCAUUUUAGGAAAUGCAUCACAACUAAUAUCCGUUAGAAAAGAACCACAACACUGUAAACCGGUAUCAACCGAUGGUGUUACGAAUAUUUUAGCAAAGAUACCAUCAACUAUUAUCGGAAAUGCAGCGAAUACAUCAUCAUCAUCAUCAUCAUCUCAUACGGUUGAAAAUGAUAGCAAAAAAAUUACUUCAGCUGUCCUUGAAAAAGAAUUGAUUGCUGAUAAACAAAUUAAGGUAUCAGAUGUUAUGAAUAGAAUUAGCACUAUCAAUAAGGCACUCGCAAAUGCAACCACACCUAUUCAAUCAUCAUUACCCAUUGUUGAUUCGAUGAAAACAGCAACAUCAAAAAAAACCACUCUUAAACGAGCAUCUACAAAAACAAAAACAACCGAUACUGCUACGGAAGCAAUACCUGAAAAAGUGAAAUCAAUGAAAACCGUACCAAAGAAGAUCUCAUUGGAACAAGCAAUUCCGGAAAUUGAGUUAAAUACGGAAGAAGUGCUUAAAAAUACUGCUACAGCAAAAAAAUCGUCACUUGUCGCAAGAGAAAAUUCCACUCCUUCUGCAAUCAAUCAAACCACAAUCACUACUCCAAUAUCAACAUUUUCUACAACAAUUUCAAAAUUGAAUUCCCAUGUGAAUCAAACAACGAAUAAUUCUGCUAUAUCAGAAGCAGAAACGGAUUCCGCUGUACCGAUACGUAAAAGUUAUCAGUAUUGUGAUAAAAAACCGAUAGGAUUGAUGAUGAAUACUCGAAGUUCUUCUUUGGUUCCACCAAUUUUUCUUGCUGCUGAACAAAAAAAUGGACCGGUAAAGAGGAAUUUUUCAAUACCAUCAAGAAAGGAUUCGUUUAAGCACGAGAAAAUUGCUGCAAAAUUUGAUGAGCAAAAAAAAACCUCAUUACCUUCCAAUCCAUUUAAUUCACCAAUAUCGGUCUAUUCAUUGAAACGAGAAAGUAAUUCAUGA